GAGUUAUGCAUUCAAGAUGUUACAUGGCCGGAAACAUACCGGAUACAUGACUUUAUACUAGAAUAUGACCUUUGACCCCCUUCCCGCGCUUUCUGGUCACAUGGUCGAUAUUGCUGAAAGUAAACAAUGGCUGAUGAAACAUCUGACCCAUUCUCCACUGCUACAAGUCCCUCGAGAGGGUCCGUUAGGGGUCGUGGUCGUGAUCCUUUAACAUCAAGUCCAGGUCGUGACUUGCCGCCUUUUGAGGAUGAUUCUGAACUGCUUGGAGACAACGAACCUGUCCAAGAAGAGGAUGAUGGUGAAGAACUGUUUGGUGACAACUUAGAAAGAGAUUACCGUGCCAUACCAGAGCUGGAUGUUUAUGAUCAAGACCACCUUGAUGAUGAAGAGGAUUAUUCAGAUAUAUCUGAGAGUCAGCGACAGGCAGCAGAACGAGAAAUACGUCAGCGUGAAAAAGAAGAGGGAAGACUUACUGGUCGCAUGAGAAGAGGACUUAUGUAUGAUGAGUCGGACGAGGAAGAGGAUCGACCUCGCAAGCGUCGGAUGGCAGAGAGAGCUGCUGAGGGUGAAAUGGAAGAUGAAGAGAUGAUUGAAAGUAUAGAGAACCUGGAAGAUAUGAAAGGUCAUUCAGUGAGGGAAUGGGUAUCAAUGUUGGCACCCAAAACUGAAAUAAAGAACAGAUUUAAGAACUUUUUGAGGACAUUUGUGGAUUCUAAAGGUCAUAAUGUGUAUAGAGAGAAGAUUCGUCAGAUGGUAGAGGCAAACAAAGAAAGUUUGAUCAUUGACUACAACAUGCUGGCUUCAGUAGAACAGGUGCUUGCCUACUUCCUGCCAGAGGCUCCCACAGAAAUGCUGCUGAAUUUUGAUGAGGCUGCAAAAGAGGUGGUAUUGAGCAUGUAUCCCAAUUAUGAAAGAAUUGCAAAAGAAAUACAUGUUAGAGUAGCAGAACUGCCUCUUAUCGAGGAACUAAGAUCACUAAGACAGUUGCACUUGAAUCAAUUGAUCCGUACCAGUGGCGUAGUAACAAGCUGUACGGGAGUUCUGCCUCAGUUAAACAUCAUCAAGUAUGACUGUAACAAGUGUAACUAUAUCCUUGGACCUUUCUACCAGUCACAAUCGCAGGAAGUGAAGCCAGGAUCUUGUCCAGAGUGUCAGUCCACAGGGCCAUUUGAAAUUAAUAUGGAACAGACUUUGUACAAAAACUACCAGAGGAUCACACUUCAGGAGAGUCCCGGCAAGGUGCCUGCUGGCAGACUGCCAAGAUCAAAAGAUGCGAUAUUAUUGGAUGAUUUAACAGACAGCUGUAAACCGGGAGAUGAGAUUGAAAUGACAGGCGUAUAUCAUAACAACUAUGAUGGGUCAUUGAACACUGCCAAUGGCUUCCCUGUAUUUGCUACAGUUAUACAGGCAAAUUAUAUCACAAAAAAAGAUGAUAAACUAGCUGUGAGCAGCCUUACAGAUGAGGACAUCAAAGCUAUUGUACAACUGUCAAAAGAUGAGAGGAUUGGAGAAAGAGUAUUUACCAGCAUUGCACCAUCAAUUUAUGGUCAUGAGGAUAUUAAAAGAGCUCUAGCACUUGCAGUGUUUGGAGGGGAGCCCAAGAACCCAGGUGGUAAACAUAAAGUUAGGGGUGACAUUAACUGCCUUAUUUGCGGAGAUCCAGGCACAGCAAAAUCUCAGUUCUUGAAGUACAUGGAAAAGACUGCACCAAGGGUGGUAUAUGCUACAGGUCAGGGGGCUUCAGCUGUAGGUUUGACUGCAUAUGUCCAGAGAAACCCAGUGUCUAAGGAAUGGACAUUGGAGGCGGGGGCUUUGGUCCUGGCUGAUAAAGGGAUCUGUCUCAUCGAUGAGUUUGACAAGAUGAAUGACCAAGAUAGAACAAGUAUCCAUGAAGCUAUGGAACAGCAGAGUAUCUCAAUAUCUAAAGCUGGUAUAGUAACAUCAUUACAAGCUAGAUGUGCUGUGUUGGCAGCGGCUAAUCCCAUUGGUGGAAGAUACGACCCUUCUUUAACCUUUGCAGAAAAUGUUGACUUGACAGAACCUAUUUUGUCCAGAUUUGAUAUCCUGUGUGUUGUUAGAGAUACUGUUGACCCAGUACAGGAUGAAAGACUAGCAAGGUUUGUGACUGGGAGUCAUAUGAAACAUCAUCCAAAUGCUUCAGAACAAGAAAUGGACGAAAAUCUGAACAGUCUAAACACUACAUCAACAGUUGAACCAAUACCACAAGAUCUGUUGAAAAAAUACAUUAUAUACUCGAAGGAGAAAGUCCAUCCAAAACUGAACAAGAUGGACCAGGAUAAAGUUGCGAAAAUGUAUGCAGAGCUCAGGAGAGAGUCUAUGGCCACAGGUAGUAUACCAAUUACAGUGCGUCACAUAGAAUCAAUGAUUCGUAUGGCGGAAUCUCACGCCAAGAUGCAUCUGCGUGACUAUGUAAACGAGGAGGAUGUGAAUAUGGCCAUUAGAAUCAUGCUUGAAAGUUUCAUCAGUACACAAAAGUUCAGCGUCAUGAGAACAAUGAGAAAGACAUUUGGCCGGUACCUGGCCUUCAAGAAAGACAACAAUGAGUUGCUUUUGUUCAUACUGAAACAGUUGUCUCAGGACCAGAUGUCGUUCCAGAGGAAUAGAUAUGGCCAGGAACAGGAAAUUAUCGAAAUCUCAUGCAAAGAUCUUGCUGAUAAGGCUAGACAGAUAAACAUUCACAAUCUGACCCCAUUUUACGACAGUGACAUUUUCAAGGCAAACAGAUUCAGCUAUGACUCCAAACGCAACAUGGUUGUCCAACAUGUAUAGAUUAAUAUUGAAUGGAUUCAGACGAACAAAAGAUUGAAAAAAGUGCUAAUCUUUAAAUGAAAUAGAAGAAAGAAUUAGAAAUGAUCAUUUGUGUUACUCUAAGUUGCUUAUGGUAACAUAUUAUUUCUUGUUGGUCAUAGUAAACUGCAUUUAAUUCAAGAAAAGAACAAUGGUGUAUUUAAAGAAGAAGGUAUGACACCUAUGGUAAAAAUGCCAAUGCGAUGUAUAAUUUAAUACUUACGAAUGAUCAAGCAAAGUUCUGUCUGCAAAACAAACUUUAGGUGUCAUAACACCAGAGACUGAACCUGUGCAACCUUUAUCUGGAAUUCAUACUUUACACUGAAGUAGUUUAGGAAUUGACAGUUUUGUUGAAGUAGACCACUUCUGUGUUCAUUGUUUAAAUGUGUUCAAAUACAGGCACAUUAACCAAUGUGUUCUCAGUAAAUUUUGUUCUAAUACAGGCACAUUCACUGAUGUGUCUAAGUAAAAUGUGUUCAAAUACAGCUACAUUUACCAUUGUGUUCUUAUUAAUGUGUGUUCAAAUACUUUCAAGCUCACCAGUAUGCUCUCAGUAAAACAUGUUCAGAGCAGCAUUGACUGCAUUUUGUCAGCUGAAGGAAUACUAGACUCGUAUUUCAAUUACUACAUGUGCAUGUAAUUUAUCUAAAGUUACCAAUUUUGCAUUUUUCUUCGUAAUUUUGAUCAUUUUAAAGGUAUACCGGACCAUAUUUCAGUAAGUACAUAGUGUAUACUCAUGUACAUGUAUAGCUAAGUACAAUAUAAUAGUGUUAUUAUAAUAAUAAUAGCUCGAUCUGGGAUGCUAUAUUUGGCUCUAGUGGAUUUUUGCCAGAUUGGAUCUCAAGGCGCGCCGAGUGUGAUCCCACCUUGCAAAAUCCCCGAGAGCCAAAUACAAAAUCCCCGAACUAGCUACCGUUAUAAUGACACUUUUAUUAUAUACCUCCACCUUUUUGUUUGUUGUUUUGUUAUUGAACGGAAUCUUCAAUGUUUAUCAAUGUUAGCAGUUUUUAUGUGUACUUUUUUUAGAACUGUGUCGGGUCGUGCAUAUUAAUGAAAGUAGUCUGGCAACGUACAAUACAAAAAGUACAAUACCAAAAAUUUUUCUGCCUGUUCAUCUUUACUUGUCAAAUAGAAGCUGAAUUUUUUACAGAAUUUAUAUACGUAUAUAACAAAAAUGUUUACUGCCACUAUAAAAUCUACUGUGUUUUGCAGUUAAAUACAGUUGAUUAGGAUUUUCUACAUUUGAAGUAAAUAUCUAACUAUUAAUGUUUAAAUGAAAGUAGCCUUACCCAUUUGGCUUAUUUUGAUCUGAUAUUUUACAUUUGUCAUCUUUCUAAGCCUUACCCAUAUGUGAAAACGAAGACAAUCUGACAUGUCAUAAAAUACUGGUCAUACAUGCUCCAAUAAAUUAAUCGUUAAUAUUCAUGUAGAAACUUACAGUGGGUUGAUUAUAACUCGUAAACUUAAAUUAGAGACUUAAAUCUUCGGAAAUAUGAUGUGAACAGGUGCAAGGAGAUAUCUACCCUGACACCAGUUUCAAUACACAGUGGACUGCCGAUGACACUAAAUUGCAGAAAGCAAACACAAAAUAUAUAUUAAAAAAAUGUCAGCAAGGCAAUUUUAUGCUUAAAUGUCAACAAAUUCAUUUUCAGAGAUGUAAUCAUUAGAAAUACAUUGUAUCAGAAAACAUUCCCAACGGAUUUUAUUGGGGAUUUCCUAAAAAAUAUGCAGAAUAAGUUUGGAUGCGAUGGGACAGCGACAGUCAAAAGUUAUCAAGCUGUCCCAAAAUGUCCAAUUAUUUGGACCCAAAUGACAGAUGCACAUUAGAUACCUUAAUUAAAUGAGUAUGUUGUGACCGGAUCAAUGGCUUGAGGUCGUGUUGAAAUAUGUGCAAUGAAAGAUAUGAUUGUUUCUUUUCCAGUCUAAAUUUUUUUUAAUUACUGUCUGCAUUUUGUAUGCAUUUAUUUAUAUUGUUAAGAGUAAUUGUCGAAAUUUUUGUAAUGCUAUUUCUUUGAAUUUGUUUAUGGCUCUCCAUAAAUUAAUUUUCUGUUACUUUUUGUACAGAUGUAUAGCAAGAAGUCAACUGUAAAUUUUUGGAAAACAUUUUUUCAUGUAUAAAAGAUUACGAAAUUAAAUAGGACAUUCAGAUUA